CCUCCGCUUUCUGCUUCUCCUCCUCCUCCGCACCAAACCACCACUUUGCAGAACGCCCCUCGUGCUACUCUAUUUCCGACUCCCAGCGUCCCCUCUUCGACCGAGCAAACAACUACAUUGCAUACACAACAACUGGCUUUCUUGCUUUCCCUACGAACACCAUGCCUCCCGCAAAGCUGUCGGCCAAGGACGACAAGGCCGACGGCUCCAAAGCGGCCACGGGGUCGGCCAAGAUGCGUCGCAAUGCUUCACAACCUGGUUCUGCGCAAGGCCGUGAACCUGCGCCGGCUCCGACAUCAGCACCUUCGCAGCCCGUACCUGAAGCUCCGGCUCCUGCACUCAAUUGGUCUACCUUCGAACGAGACGUCCUCCACGCGUACCGCCGAGAACAUAAACUCAACACUCCCGCUUCCUUCUCGAGUACAUUUCACAACUGCGUGCUGUCAUCGCCCCGAGGCAUUGGCAAGUACUCCCCAACCAUGCUUCGCCGAGGGGCGGCCAAGCGCCAGGUCAAAGACCAGCUUGCCCUUGCGACGCGAAAACACUUCAACGCCGUUGGCAUUCAGGAAAACGACGUAAUAGUCGAUUUUAUAUGCAAACUACGCAAUGACAAGGCAGUACCGCUCCUUGCUGCUGCGAGCCACGACGCGCCGUUAGUCGAAUAGUUUUUUUGCUGUCCCACUAGCCGGUCACGCGGCGAACAACCUCGAACGAUUGUAUAUACCCCCCUCUACAUGCAUGAUACACGGAAUGGAGUUUUGGUAAAACGAACGGAUAUCCUAUUUAUAUUUUUUGAUUCUUUUAUUUUCUUUUAUUUUAUGGCUUGUUGCACAUACAUGCUUGUUUGCCGAGAGAAUACUGGCAGACACUGCGAACGGCGCUAGAGCUAGCUACCUAGCCUUGGAGGAUGUCUUUUUUAGAAACAGAUGUAGCAUUGAGGACUCUCCGCUGGCUAUAAAACAUAAUUUUGAAUCCAAUUUAACCCAAAAGCAAUGUAGCCAACAGGCGAAUUUUAAACAAUGCGAUCCUAAC